AUGGCCGUGUGCGUCGGGAUGCUGCGCCUGCAGAGGCUGUGCGUGGGAGGCCCCGGGGUGCUGGGGGCCCCGGCCGUCCGCGCCCGAGGCUGGCGGGAAGCGAGCUGGCUGGGCGCCCGCCCUCUCAGUUCCAGUUCUGGAGAUGCAGACCACAGCGUGCCCCUGCCCAUUGGAGGCUGCAGCUACGUUCAGGGCCACACCAGAACUCAUCUCAUCAGCAAGACCGUGGGCUGGUGUCUGAAUGCCACAGCCCAGCGGGUCCCAGACCGAGAGGCCCUGGUGGUGGCCCAUGAAAACAUCAGGUUGACCUUUGCCCAGCUCAAGGAGGAGGUGGACAAAGCUGCUUCCGGGCUCCUGAGCCUCGGCCUCUGCAAGGGCGACCGGCUGGGCAUGUGGGGACCUAACUCGUACACGUGGGUGCUCAUGCAGUUGGCCACUGCCCAGGCGGGCAUUGUUCUGGUGUCUGUGAACCCAGCCUAUCAGGCACAAGAGCUGGAGUAUGCCCUCAAGAAGGUGGGCUGCAAAGCCCUUGUGUUCCCCAAGCAAUUUAAGACCCAGAGGUACUACGACAUCCUGAAGCAGAUCUGCCCUGAGCUGGAGGGGGCCCAGCCGGGGGCCUUGAAGAGUCCAAGGCUCCCAGACCUGACCAUAGUCAUCUCUGCAGAUGCCCCCCUGCCGGGGACUCUGCUCCUGAAGGAAGUGGUGGCAGCAGGCGGCUUGGAGCAGCACAUGGCCCGCCUCCGUUAUGCCCAGGGGUUCCUGUCCUGCUAUGACCCCAUCAAUAUUCAGUUCACUUCGGGGACAACAGGCAGCCCCAAGGGGGCUACCCUCUCCCACUUCAACAUCGUCAACAACUCCAACAUGAUCGGGGAGCGCAUGAAAAUGCACCUGAAGCCGCCAGAGGCGCUGCGGAUUGUGCUGCCCAGUCCCCUGUACCACUGCCUCGGCUCGGUGGCGGGCACCAUGGUGAGUGUGAUGUAUGGCACCACCCUCAUCCUGUCUUCGCCCAGCUUCGAUGGCCACAUGGCGCUGGAGACCAUUAGCAAAGAGAGAGGCUCCUUCCUGUAUGGCACCCCCACUAUGUUUGUGGAUGUUCUGAACCAGCCGGACUUCGCCAGUUAUGACAUCUCGACCAUGCGUGGAGGUAUAAUUGCUGGGUCCCCUGCACCCCCAGAGUUGAUCCGAACCCUCAUCAGCAAGAUGAACAUGAAGGAGCUGGUGGUUGCCUAUGGAACAACGGAGAAUAGUCCUGUGACCUUCAUGAGCUUCCCUGAGGACACAGUGGAACAAAAGGCCAAGAGUGUGGGUCGGGUCAUGCCCCACACGGAGGCCCAGAUUGUGAACCUUGAGACCGGCACAAUGAUGGAGUUGAACAUGCCCGGGGAGCUGUGGGUCCGCGGCUACUGCGUCAUGCUGGGCUACUGGGACGAGCCCCAGAAGACCCAGGAGGCCAUCGGGCAGGAUAAGUGGUACCGGACAGGAGACAUCGCCACCAUGGACGAGGGCGGCUUCUGCAGGAUCGUAGGCCGCUCUAAGGACAUGAUCAUCCGCGGCGGGGAGAACAUCUACCCCGCUGAGAUAGAGAACUUCUUUCACAAGCAUCCUCAGGUGCAGGAAGCACAGGUGGUGGGUGUGAAAGACGAGAGGCUGGGCGAGGAGGUGUGUGCCUGCCUGCGGCUGAAGAGUGGGGAGAAAGCCACAGCCGAAGAGAUCAGGAACUUCUGCAAAGGGAAGAUCUCUCACUUCAAGAUUCCCCGCUACAUUGUGUUCGUCAACCAGUACCCCCUCACCAUCUCAGGAAAGAUCCAGAAAUUCAAACUCCGAGAGGAGAUGGAGCGGCACCUGAAGCUGUGAAGGCUGGAAAGGGUGGUGGCGGGGCUCUGGGAUCGGGCAUAAAGGGCUUCUCUGUGGGCUUGGGGGGGGAGGGUCUUGCUGGUGUACUCUCCUGGCAGCUAGGGGAUGGAGAUGAGAAGAGAACGGAAGGGAAGCUGGCAUCUCCUUGUCAGAGGUGCCCCGGUGAUACAAUGGUUGCCAGUGAACCCAAAGGUUGGCGGUUCAAAUCCAUCCAGCAGCUCCGCAGGACAACGGCUGGCUGUCUUCAUGAAGUUUACAGGCUAGAGAACUGCACGUGGGGCUGGAUGAUGAGGACUGACUCCACGGCGCCUGAUGACAACAUUCUUAUCUCCCCCGCCCCCAAUGUUUACUGGCAUUUAAUUCAUAGAUCAUAUAAUUCAAUCAUUGAGCCACAUCAGGAAGAGUUGUACAGUUACCACCUAGCACACUCAGUUGUAGAGCACUUUCUCUGUUCUUGCACACGAUUAACAAUAUUCUUGUCGAAGAUGGCAUUAGUCACUUGGAUGUACCCGUUGGUCCCUGGGUGGCCCCAAGGGUUCCUGACUGACCAUUAACCUAGAAGUUCGCAGCCAUGAGAGGAAGGCCUGGCAAACCGAUUCCAUAGAGACUCCAGCCAGGUGCCCCUCUGUGGAAGAGGUCUGCUCUGUCAUGACCCGGCUGCUGAAAGCCGGGCUCCCUGGCAGUGAAAUCUACUCUAUUCUCUUGACUGUUACAAAGGUUGAUUUAACAACAACAACAAAAAUUGAAUGUGAAAAAUG